AUGUCGUUCACGAAUGCGCCCGUGACGCGCGCCCUGGUCAUUGGCCUUGUGUCGAGCUCCGUCGUCGCGAGUCUGUUUGAUGUCAAGCAUUACUUCUACAUUCUCGUGGACUCGCAUUUCUGGCAGUACCGUCAAUUCUGGCGAAUGCUGAGCUAUCAGCUAUGCUACACAAACUCGAGCGAGGCCUUGUUUGCUUCCAUGACCCUCUAUCAACUGAGGAUUCUUGAGCAGGUCUGGGGAUCGAGAAAAUACGCCUCCUUCAUUGUCGUCUCUGGCCUCCUCACAGCCGUCAUCCCGCCACUGCUUCUGACAGUUUUCCUUCGGCCGCUGACAGCGGGUCUUUUCAACUACAUGCCGGCUGGUCCGACCCCCAUCAUCUUCGCCAUACUCGCCCAAUACCAUGCCAUUAUCCCGCACAUCUAUCGAUAUCGGGUCGCUACAUCGUCCGCCAACCCCUCGAGCGACUCUUUCACGGGCAUCACCUUGUCAGACAAGUCGUACAAGUACGCGCUCGCCCUACAGCUGGCCCUGUUCCAGUGGCCGGGUUCGGUUCUCGGUGCGCUGGUGGGAUGGGUCGUUGGACACUCCUGGAGGAGCGAUUUCCUCCCUAGUGCCAUGACGAGGUGGCGCGUGCCCGGGUGGCUCGUAGGCAUCAGAGCACAGAGGAGGCGCGACGAGUUUGAAGGGCUGAGGAGGAGGUUGGAGGGCGAAAACACAUCGGCCACGGCCUCGGGGGUCCAGGCUCCGGUCGAGGGAGGAGAGGGAAGGCAGAGGACUGUUCCUCAGGAGAUGCAGGACCAGCUGCGAGGUUUCAUGUAG